AUGUCUGCCGCUACUCAGCCCGCUCCUGCCACAAACGGCAUCACCUCCUCUUCCCCCUCCAAGGCUGCUUUCGACCACAGCCAAGCACUCAAGAAGAUCGCUUCUGUGCCUCUCGUCUCGGAUUCGCUCAGCUUUGCUCAGUCGACCAUCAAGUCGCACCCCAUCCUCGCUACUACCUAUGGUUACGGCGAGAACCUCUUCAACCACUCGCUCAAGGCUGCCGAGCCCAUCACCAACCGCAUUCACCCUCAACUCGCUUACGUCGACUCGCUCGCCGUCAAGUCGCUCGACUUUGCCGAGAGCAAGUGGAGCUACCCCUUCCACGCCAACACUCAGCAGUUGAUCGAUGCUGCCAAGCUCCCCGCUGACCACGCCCGCGCCUUCAUCCAGCCUUACGCCUCGGCAAUUCAGAAGGCUUAUGGCGAGCAUCUCUACACCCCUGCCAAAUCCGCAUAUCAGUCUCACAUCAUCCCUGCUUACGACACUGCCCACACCAAAUUUGACGAGAUCAAAUCGCAAAAUGCCUACCUCGAGCGUGCUACCAACAUUGUCAAGGACUUGCAAGCCAAGCUUGCCAAGACUGUCGAGAACAUCUCUUCUCGCAGCAACAAAGAGGGCGACCAGGCCACCGAGAAAGCCCAGGGUUUAUCGAAUGCCAUCUUUGCCGAGCUCGAGCGCGUUCGUCACUUUGCCCACAACUUGCCCGCCGAGAGCCGCAAGCGCGUUGGACCCGUCAUCGAGUCUUUCACCGAAACCUACGAGCAGUUGAGCAAGCAGGCUCGCAACCCCGAGGUCCCUGCUAGCACUCGUUUCCUCAACGUCAUCAAGUUUGUCCGUGAACAGUCUUUGCCCGCUUUGCAGAAGGCCAUCAUCAACCCUCCCUCGCAGACUCAACAGAAGGCAGAGAACGCUGUCAACUCGCCUCUCAACAGUGCCAACUAA